AUGGAGCUAAGUUCAAAACUUGAGGAACUGAAUUUAACUUCUGAAGAAAUUGAUCGCUUCAGCAAGGCUUUUAAAGAUGAGAAAUUCAGAGAAAUGUUGAGGGAGUAUGCCGAAGAAAUAUCAAACCCAGUGAAUAAGAAAAAGUAUGAAGAAGAAAUAAAACUAAUGGAAGAGGAGAGAGGCAUAGAUGUUAAAUUUAUCCAUCCAAAACCAGAACGGGUUCUUAGGACAAGUUUGGACGGCAAACAGAAGUGCUUCCUCAACGUGUGCAGCAAUGAUUUGAUAGGCAAACCGGAAUGCAGAGCGGAGAAGGGGAUCGACGGUAGAAUUGGCCAACACUGGUCGCUCCCCUACAGCGUGACACCAGGCAGACCAGACCUGGAUUCGAAAGGUAACAAAUACAUAAUAUACGAUGUUGUUUUCCAUCCAGACACGCUUUACAUAGCUGCGAAAAAUGAUAGGUUUAUGAAACUGGUCGACAGCACGGCAGUUGAAGGUGUCCAAGAUCAGUUUAAAGUCAAAUUAGACGAAAAGAACGUGAAGGUACUGAAAAUUAAGUACAAGGGGGUAUCCCACCCAAGUGUCAUUCGCAAGCCUCUGCCUGAUCACCCUGCUAAAGCAAAACGCAUAGACCCAAACGACCCCCUCAGUUUCCCAUACCCUUACGACUAUCAAAAAACGGAGUCACAAAGUGCUCAGAAGUGCCCCAGCCAAAACAACGUUUUUCAAAGCCAAACUAAAGUUUCCCGUAAUCAAACGAUCUCUGAAAAUUCGAACACCCCCACGGAACCGCACUACUGUUUAAAAUACAGAUCGUAUAUUGAUUUGCAAGACUACAGGUACUCCCGAGAUUCGGCCCCAGACCCACGACCUAAAGAGAUUGUCAUUGCCAUCGAUUUGCCUCUGCUUAAGUCUGCUGAGAAUGCUGACCUGAAUGUGACUGAGAAAAAAAUAAUUUUGGAAUCCCAGAAACCAGCUUACAGACUGGAGUUGCCAUUGGCUUACCCCGUGGAUGAAAACAAAGGGGAGGCUAAAUUCAACAAGCUCAAGAGACAGCUGGUUGUUACUUUACCUGUUUUGCCCCUAAAAAGCCCACUGGUGGCCAGGGCAGAUGCCAUUAUUGGAGAGAACAGCAAUGAAACAGCUCAAUCUCAGGAUGAGGAGGCUGACAUCUCUCAUCAAUCUCCGGAUAAUGUAGUGGAUGAAAAAUCAAAAGCUGCAUCUGUCACAUCGCCUAAUCUGGGCUGUGGUGCGCAUGCUGGGGCCUGCUCCCAAGGGUCCAAGGGGACAGGGAAAAAGCAUGCCCACUCUAGCCCAGGGAAUGAAACUGGGGGGCUGACCCUUUUGGCAACACAGCUUGUGUUAGCUGAGGGGCAAGGCUACCAGGUCUCUCCACCCAUAGACGCUGGGCUCACCGAACACCAUAGAGAACAAGCUCUGAUUAAUGUUGUGCACAGUCAGGCGGGCCAAGCUAGAGCUGGGCUGGACCUUACAGACCCAGACAAACCAAGCAAUAUGGGAAAAGAUAAGGAGGCUGGUGACACAGAGAGCUUCAUUGAUGCUAUGAGAGAGGUGGAGAAAGAGAAGGCUGAGGUGAAUGAAGGUGACCCGCUCGACAAAGGGCUCAUCGAACGUGAGCCUCUGCUGGUCGUUCUGAGAGAGCCCAGUGGUCAGGAUAGGAGAGCAGAGGCCGAUAGCAAAGACCCGCUCAAUGAGGGAAGCUUUCAAUGUGUUGAAAAUGAGCCUCUACCAGUCAUACUGAGAGAGCCUGGUGGUGAGGAUAGGAGAGUGGAGGCCGAUAGUGAUGACCUGCCCAAUAAGGGAAGCUUGCAGCCCAUCAAAAGUGAGCCAGUCAUUCUGAGACAGCCUGUUGGUGAAGAUAGGAAAACAGAGGCUGUUAGUGAUCACCUGCCCAAUGAUGGAAGCUUUCAGCCCAUUGAAAGUGAGCCUCUGCUGUUUGAUCUGAGAGAAUCUGAUGAUGAGGAUAGGAGAGCAGAGGCCGUUAAUGACCAUAGAACCUCGGCAGCCUUCUCCUUCCAGAAUUCUAUGCUGUAUGAACUGGACUGACAUGCAGGUUUCCUUCUGUAUAUGUUUAUUCUCAGCCAUUACAUUUUGGUGGGCUUUUAAGAGUUAAUAACCAUGAUUUCCUUA